GGAUGAUGAAGGACAACAAACUAAAAUACGACUCGUCGAUGCCUACCCUUCAAAUGGACCCUCCGCUGUGGCCCUACACACUGGACUACAAGGAGACGAAAACCUGUCAGAUUAACCCCUGCCCGAAGAAGUCGUGGCCCGGAAUAUGGAUUAUGCCCAUGGUAGACUACACCGAUAAGAACGGUAAUCCGUGUGCCAUGGUCGACGCAUGCGCACCUCCGAAAAACAAAGGCGAGGCAUUUUCGCUGCUGAAGGACAACUUCGAGAGACAUUACAAGAGCAACAGGGCUCCCUUCGGUAUGUUCCUGCACACGAGCUGGUUCAGCUCGCAUCAUAACUUCGCCGGCAUGCUCGGCUUCAUCGAAUACCUGACGACGCUUCCCGACGUUUGGAUCCUCAACGUCGGACAGGCGAUCUCGUUGGCGCAGCAUCCCACAGCAGUCGGCAGCGUGCACGGACUCGCCGAGUGGGAUUGCAAGAAGUUGAGCCGACCGACUUUGCGCUGCGAGAAGCCCAAUAUAUGUCCCUACACGUUCGGCGACGGAGAGGCACGCUACAUAUCGACGUGUAGCACCUGUCCGGUGAACUACCCGUGGGUGGGAAACCCCGGGGGAAACUAGGUUACUCCACUUACCCGUGGGUAACUAGGGAAACUGUGAGGAAACCAGGUUUCACUAAUAACCCGUGGGUGGGAAACCCGGGGUAGGCGGGAAACUAGGGGUCUUUCUCACCUAACCUUAGGAUCCGGGUCCGGUAUUGCAGUCCCAUUUCGAUCCGGUAUUCCGGCUCGAAGAUUAUGCGUCUUUUUACUUUGCUUGCGUUGAUUGCUUUGUUUUUUUUAUCGCCCGAGAUGGGUUGGGAACGCUGCGAAACGCGGUUACGCAUUUCAUUUCUAUGUAUUUCGAUUACUAGUCUGUGCGUUAUUACUUCCGCCAAGGGGUUGGCAGGAGGUUAUGUUUUCACCGGCGUGUGUUUGUUGGUUUGUGGGUUUGUGCGUUUGUU